UCAAGAAGAUAUCAUGGAAAAGCCUAAAAUUUUUAAAGGAAAUAGAAUUCAAGCUGAUGUAUGUGUAAAUUGUCAAAUAAGUAAGUAUAAGGAAGGAAAGGAAGAAGUGAAGGAGUCAGAGAAAAAAAAUAUAAUUGAGGAAAAGGAAGAAGAAAAAAUUUUUGCCAAUGUCAUGUUCGGACCGGAUUCCUGCUCGUGCUUGGCCUUCUGUCUUGAUUGUGUGAAUGAUGGGCUGGAGACUAGUUUGAGACGUGUGGCCAUUGAAAAUAGAAUGAAAAAGCUCGGUGCUUACGAGCCUCAUUUUGAUGCAUUAAGCAUCAGUCAGAUAUUGUUUUGCCAUCCGUAUCUACUUGGACAUGAUAUAAAACCGAAAUGCUGUGUGUGUAGAAAGGCAUUUAACCAUCUUGUUCGACGUUCGCUACGACCCAAGCGAAAGUCGGGUCGCAUUUGUAAAUGCAAUAAGUGUUGA